UUCUCCCACUCUAUAAAACCCCCUCACAAAUCCUUACUAAUUUUUACCUCCCCCUACUCUAGCUCUCGAAUAAAUCAUCACUCUCUUCUUCAUCACAAUCUGUCUUCCUCGUUUUUCUUCUAAUCUUUUCCUGUUUUCUCGAAAAAAACUAAACCCAGUUGUGUUUGUAUUAAAACUGGAUCUUGAUGUUCAAACAUUCAUGUCUCCGGUAAUAAGUGAAAUCCUUAGAUCAGGCUUAACUAUAGACUCAUCUCUUAGACGCAGGACCCAUCUCGUUCAAUCUUUCUCCGUCGUCUUUCUCUACUGGUUCUAUGUCUUCUCAUAAAUCAUCUCUCCUUUAACCCUAAUAUAUAUAAAUAUAUUAUACUAUAUAAACAUAUAUAUACGUAUAACAACAUAUAACCAUAUAGUUUUUUUACGUAACGUUCCUCGUAUAUUUUCGUGUGUUUUUAUAUUACAAAAAUGAAUAAAACUGAAAUGGGUUCGCCCACGAGCGGAAACAGCUCGUCCGGUUUACAAAACUCCGGUUCUGAAUCUGACGAGCGGAAGAGGAAGAGGAAGCAGUCCAAUAGAGAGUCCGCGAGGAGGUCGAGGAUGAGGAAGCAGAAGCAUUUGGACGAUCUAACGGCUAAGGUCUCUCAUCUACGUGAAGAAAACAGCAAGAUCGUCGCUAGCAUCGCCGUCACGACGCAGCACUACGUCACUAUUGAGGCGGAUAACUCUGUUCUCAGAGCUCAGUUCCUGGAGCUCAACCAGCGACUAGAUUCCCUCAACGAGAUUGUGGAAACCGCCGGAGGGUUUUGGAUGGAGACGGGUCAGGGAGGAGGUGGAGGAGGGUUUUAUGACGGAGUCAUGAAUCCUCACAAUCUAGGGUUCUAUAACCAAACUAUCAUGGGUUCUGCUUCUACUACUGCUCAUGCUGAUGUUUUCAACUGUUGUUAAAACCAUGCACCAGGGGUAAAAUUGUGAUUUCCUUCCUUGUGAAUGAUGUGAUGCUCUGUUUUUAUAAGUUUGUCAGAUAAAUAAAAUAAUUGACGCUUGUUUUAAAAUGGAUUGUAAUAUUAAUGGACAUGUUGAGAGAAAAUAUUUUAAGUUUUUCUCUCUUUAUUUAUACUACAAUGGAG